AUGGGCAACUACAAAUCAGCAGUCCUGCUUUCUAUCCUCGCUGCGUCCACCGUCCAAGCUAGCUUUUGGACACCACCCAAGGGCCACAGCCCCCCGGACUGCGAGACGACCACCACAUUUGCUACUCUGACCGUCACAAGCUCAGAGAUCGCUGGCCCUACUGCCGGACCCACUGGCGGGCCCAUCCCCCCCUAUCCCGGAGCACUCCAGUGCAAUCGAGGAGUCUAUCUACCCGCAGCCUCAGUUGUGAUCCCCCCAGCCCUUGUGCUUCGGAUCAGACAGGCAAGCCCAGAAAGCCCGAGAAGCCGCACAAGCCGGGGAAGAUUUGGGACGGCAACAAGCCCUGGGAUGGCAACAAGCCGUGGAGGGGCGACAAGCCCUGGAAGCACCACAACAGGCCAGGAAACAAUUGGCAGGGUGGACGCCAUGACUAAAAGGCUACCUGGCACCGAAGCAGACUUGGCGACUUCAUCCUUAUCCUGGAGUGAUGAUCUCCCCAUGAUGCGCCGCAACCCAUGCCAGUCACAGGGCUGGCCCCCUGAAAACUGUGCCUACAAACCUUUCCGUCACAGUCUUGCGCUAAUUGAGUACGGUCGACUUCCUCCGGGUGUUUCUCCGGGGAGGCGGCCAUUGAGCGACUAUCAUAUGCGCAGUCAAAAAUACGUGGGGACAUCGGAGGUUCAAGGAAGCCGUCGUCCAAGCAGAUCGCGGAGAAGACAGGGCAAAUUACAGAUGACCGUUAUAUUCGACAACCUAACCAAGAUUUGGCUGUACUCGCAAGCUUUCUCAUCACCAAUAGGUGGCCCCUUAGUGAUCGAGCCUUGCCGCAAGUACCCAUUCGUGCAGGAAUCCACACCCCAUUAA